AAUAAAAGGACGGCGCAUCACAGGAUAAAACGAGAAAAACAAGAAGUGAUAUUAUUAUACAAAUCAUACCUAGGUAGGUAUUAAGAACUACCUUAGGUAGGUUAAUUGACUUCAUAGGCGUGUAGGUACCUAUUGCAGCUCUAGUGGCUUCGUUACGUCAUAUAAAUUGUAGUACCACACCGAUUUCAAUAGGUAAUCUGACAUAUUGAACUUUGCAAGUCACAGACCUCGUGAAUCCGGCACUUAGCGUCAUUGGUAGAUUAGAUUUCCUGUAAGGCGACUGGGCCGGGCAGAAUGCAAGACCCGACAGUCCGGUCAAGCAAUCAAACUUACCGACUUUCAAGCCACAUUUUCAUGUGCGUUUCCUAAAGUACUAAGAGGCAAUUUAUCUGAUGUUACGCCUCCUUUUCGGUGAUACCCAAUGUGUUGUUAUAUUAAAUUGAGAAAUUGAGACGUUGGAUACAUAUUCGAGCUGGACACUUUGAUGUUAGUUAAUUUAUUUAUCCAUUCGUCGAGUACAUAUAUUAGGAUCUCUCCGAGAGAAAUCAGCUGGAAAGUUCAUACUAAAUUAUCGUUCACUUUGCUGCCGAAAUGACCGGUCGCCAUCCGCUUCAGAGGCUUGCAUCUCCGUCGAGACAGUUUUCCUUUUUGGUUCACCUGGCGGGAAUAUUGUCUUUUGCGAGCUCGUUCAAGUUUCUGAGUACAUGGGAAACGCCAAUGUCCGCUGCCUUCGGCGGACACUUCCAGUUUCUCACCAUUAUUGGACUCUCCCUCGCGCUAUGCACAUUCGGCGUCGGAUUUCUAGCCGACAUUACGCUGUCCUCCCGGCUAUUUGCGCUGAAGCAUGUCCUCUCCAUGUGCUCGGCGCCGCUAGAGGUAUUGAUCAGCAUCCUAUAUUGGGGUCUUUGCGCCAUCGACAAAGGUUUGGUAUUCCCGCCCGACUUGCAGUUAGACCUGCUCCCAGAUCUAGGAUUUCAUGCCGCGCCGGCGGUUUUCCUAGCGGUGGAUUUGUUGCUCCUUAGUCCGCCAUGGACGAUUCAUGGCUUCUCAGCCUUGGCCUUGAGCGAAGCCUUGGCGCUACUAUACUGGUUUUGGGUAGAGUACUGCUUCUCCCGCAACGGCUGGUACCCCUAUCCCAUUUUCGACAAGCUUAACACUUGGCAGCGGAUGGUAUUGUUUACGUUCUCUGCCCUGUUGAUGACCGGCAGCACUACGGCGUUAAAAUGGACGUAUGGAAAAAUCAACGGUAUCGAGGAAUUUAAAAGGGAGGCCGUAGCGGAUCCUGCAAGCAUCCGGAAGAGGAAGUAAAUAGGAUUUCUGGAGAUUGGGGUUGGC